AUGCCCGCGGGCCUCGUUGGUGCGCUCCUCCCCGUCGCCAACUGCCCCAACCACCCCACCGGCCGCGCGAUAGCGAUGCCGACGAGGGCGACGGACCUGGCGCGUCGGUCACCCAAGAAGCGGUGCGCGAGGAGGUGGACGGCUUCCUCGGCAGUCUGCAUCCACCGCCUCCGGCGCCAGGAGCUCUACCGCCACGCCCUCAAGGAGCCAGAGGCGCAGCCACGCAAGGUCGAGCCAGCCACGGAGAUGCUCUUCCUCUGCAGCUACGACAACUGCGGCAAGACCUUCGUCGACAUGGCUGCCUUGAGGAAGCAUGCCCACGUGCACGGCGAGCGACAAUAUUUUUUGCCAGGAGCCCGGCUUUGGGAAAAUGUCUCCAGUGAAAGAAAAUUACUUUAUGCCUUUACAAUUUGCUCUCUCCGAUCUACUAUGGUCUGCUUCAGCUUGUGUGAAGGGGUUCUUCUUCCUCCCCUCCCAGGCAUAGGUGGUAAGCCAUAUCCAUCUCCAUCUCCCUCUCCCCCACCCCAUCUCAUCUCUGUAGGCGAGGGUGGAGCCUUGACCGGAGCUCGGGCAGAAAGGAUGGGAGGCGGUGGAUGCCCGCACGGAUCCAACGUCUCCGACCUCGACAUCCAAAAGGACGAGCGGUGA